AUGGCCGAGAGUUCCCCGCCUAGAGAUUCAAAGAAGGGGAAAGCUAUAGUCUUCCGGAAGGAGCCUAGAGACGUGCCUGAGGAGCAAGUGCCCUUCUCUCUAAGGGUACUUGAGGAAAAGCUACUGACAGAGUACAAGCCCCCAGCUAUUGGAGAAUAUGAUGGUAGCAAGGACCCGGAGGAUCAUCUUAGAAAAGUUUGGAACGCUGUGUUGCUACACCAAUACAACAACGCCAUCAAGUGUCGAGUGUUCGUAAACACUCUGUCCGACUUGGCACAAAAAUGGUUCGAUGGACUGUCGAACGAGUCCAUCACCUGCUUUCAAGACUUCAAGACCGUUUUCUUGCACUAUUUCGUAGCUCAGGACGUCCCGUCUGCUAUCUCAGAGAUAUUGGUGAGCUAUUUCUCCCAUGGUCUAGUGGAGGGGGAGUUCUUCCGGGCUCUCAUCCGGGAGACAGUAAGGAAUUUUGAUGAGAUGCUGGGGAGGGCAGCUAGCUACAUCAAUGUAGAAGAAGCUCAAGCGGCUCGGCGGAAAGCAGACAAGGCACCUGCUCCUGCCAACAAAUCAGAGAAAAGGUCACCCCAACCUCCAGCUCAGCCUUUUCCCCGCUCCAAGGAUGCCAGAACGGGAUUCUCCGAUCAGGAUUCCAGGACGGUGCAACAGGCAAAAGCUGUCCAAGACCCCAGACCUGGUCAGUGGGGGCUCCGCUAUUGCACUUACUAUAGGUCCCACACCUAUUCCACUGCAGAUUACGUCCAGUUCGCUCAUGACUCUCGGUGUGCCGUUGAACUGGGCCUACCUCCGCCCGAGAUCGCACCCAAGCUUCAAAGGUUGCUGGCCGGCCAACCUGCCACAACAGAGAACAGGGGAAAUGUCACCAUUCGGGAGAUCGGCAUGAUCUCCAGAGGACCCACUAAUGGAGAUUCCACUCGAGAUCGAAAAUCUCAUGAACGCCGCUUGAAGAUACACGUGGUAGGAUGCAAUCGGGAACAAGAUGCAGGGCCUGUAAUCAGUUUCGGACCGCAAGACCUAGAGGGAUUUGAGCUCCCUCAUGAUGAUGCCUUAAUAUUCAAAGUCGUCAUCGCCAACAGUCGCGUGGCCAGGGUUUUCGUUGACACCAGAAGCUCUGUCAAUGUGCUAUUCAAGAAUGCGUUCAAGGGCAUGCAGAUCAACUCUAGUGAGCUCCAGCCCGUAGCCACUUCAUUGUAUGGGUUCACUGGUAAUGAGGUAAGACCAAUGGGGCAAAUCAAGCUAGCCAUAUCUCUGGGUAGCGAACCCCUGGUGAGGACGCGGAGAAGUACUUUCAUCGUGGUGGAUUCACCAUCUUCUUAUAACGUCAUCUUGGGAAGACUGACACUGCAUGAGUUCCAGGCGGCAGUCUCCAUCUUCUAUCAGAAGAUUAAAUUCCUUGUGGGAGACCAGGUCGGGGAAGUUAAAGGCGAGCAACUAGUCUCUCACAGGUGUUAUAUUUAUAUGGUGAAGGUCGAGGCCCGUAAGGCUCAAAGAACCUAG